AUGGCCGACCCCAGGAUCCUGCUCGGCGAGCAUCAUGAGCCUCAACAGAAUGGAUUUCAAAACGGCAGCGGGGGCAUCGACCCCAGCAUGUUGCUUCUCAAUCCCAACCCUCCACUUCCCCAGCUACCCAAGGCCGAACCGCUCGCCAUCUCCAUCUCCGCCGCCUCGUCAUCGUCGGCCAACACUAUCUCGCCGUCGGCCCUUCACCACACACCAGUACCCGCACUCCCGCCGCCGCCGUCGUCCUCCGGCCCGCAAAAGUUCAUGCGCCCCUUUGCCUUUGGGGAAGCGCUCCCAUAUUCGCCUUUCACCUCCAUCUCACCUUUGGAAACGCGCAUCAUUCCGAUCCCCACCCUGGCAGCGAAGGCGGCUUCUAACGAACUGUCACAGCUUGUCUCGCAGCAAGAGUUCAAUACGUUGAACAACAAUGCGUUUGGUCAGGCUGCUUCUUUAACAGGACGCAGCGUGGACGACCUGCACCAGCUCCUAGCCAACAGCAGGGUACCUCAGUUCAACUUCAAGCCGUUACCUCAAGCAAGCGGAGGCGAUUCGAACGGCGCGGCGCCGGCGGACCUGUCGACACCGAACCCUGCAUCGAACUUGAAGCCCAUUACGAAGGCCGUGUUUGAGAAAGCCAACAUCCCCUUCCGCUACCCGAGCCCAGAGUCUCCGAGCAAGCCGCCGCCCACCAACGGCAGCACCCCCCAGGCAUCCACAACUCCCAACACCAAGUCUACUCCGACCAAAAAGUCGGGCACGUCGUCAAAAGCAAAGGAGAGUGCUGUCGGUAACGGCAACAUCGCCACCAGCAACGGCGUGGCGGGCGACACUACUUCACUCAAUGCACAGGCGCACUCGCAAAAUAGUAUGGCCAAGAUUGAGAUUAGCAUUCCUUCACUUCCACCAUCGUAUGCCGCGGACGCCAUUGUUGUUGACGACAGCCCCAUCAACACUACGCCGCCGACAAAUGGGCUGGAUGCCCCAGUGAAGACCGAAAAUAUCACGGACGGUCCACAUUCGGUACCAAAAGAGACUCCCGUGCCCAUCCCGGUUCCGAAAAACGAGACCCCAAUAAAGCCCCCCAUCACAGGACAAGAUACCAAGGGCUCAAUAUCGAUUGAGCUUGUAGCUGCGCCCAAUUUCAACCCGCAAGACUAUCAGGUUGUUGCGGACCUCCCUGACGACAACGCACAGGACUUCUUUAGCGACUUAGACCAGCGUCAAAGAGCAGAAGCCGCCUUCCAGGAGCUCCUACGUCUUUUCCAGGACAUUUUCGAAGCUGAGAUGAAUGUGAACAAGCAGCCUGGAAACGCCCCGCUUAUCUCCUUGACUGCAGAUGAUGAGCCAACGCUUACCGACCAUGCCUUGAGAAAAGCGCAGGGCACGAUGCAAAAGGCCAUCACAUUGGGCUGCUUUGCAGACAUACCCAUCGAUGAUCUUCUACACUUGCAGCGCCUCUGUGACGGCGCCUUACGUCAUUCUCUCAGCCUCGAUCUCAAGCUCAGCACGGAAGCGACCGAGUCUGAAGUCGACGAAUGGGUCACCCUGCUGCGUUUUGCCGAUACGGGCCUCCGAGCCGCUCGCCUGUCUCUCAAGAUUAUGUCCGGUGGCCGCGAAGACAAACAGUUGUACUCUGAGAAUGUCAUCCAGUCGGCCGUCGACCUGUUCAAGGUUGUCAUGGACAAUGCCGUGGUGCCGAUUGCAGAGCUGCGCAGCUCUGGUCCCCUGGAGCGGCGGUUCAAGCAGCUGUCGUCGUACAAGAAGGCCAUCUCGCCUCUCUUCAUGGCUGCACAGCGUCUGUUCUCUGGCAUGACGACACUUGUUCAGGCGAUCGACUUGUCUGAGCUGGUCAUCAACUCGCUCGAGUUCUGCGCUUCGCACCUUAUCUUUGUCGAAAACGCGCACACCGAGCGCGACUCCGUCCUGGGUGUUCAGGCCUUUGACGGCCUGCGCCUAGCGGCCAUGGAUAUGCUGUCGCAGAUAUUUGUCAAGAAGCCCAUGCAACGCCGUGGUAUCUUUGACGAUAUCCUCACUUCCCUCGAGAAGCUACCUGUUGGAAAGCUGAGUGCCAGACAGUUUAAGCUUGCAGACGGCAAGAGCAUCCAGCCAGUAUCGGCCCUCAUCAUGCGCCUUGUGCAAGCCAGUGCUGGGCGCGUGGCUGAGAAGGAAAAGUCGUCGUCUGGCAUCGUCGACGAAGUUAUGGAAGACGGCGAAAAAAGCGAGAAUGAAGCCGAGGAGUCCAACCAAGCGCCCAGUGCUCCCGUGGCUACCAUCGCCUCGGAAGAGCAAGGCGCUUAUGAACACGAACUUUCGAUUGCCGAGCUGACGGACGCCGCAUCGCCCCUGAACAGCACGGCGUACGUACACGCCAAGUACGUUAUCAAAUUCAUCGUUGAACGGGCGCAGAUGUCGUCCAAGUCAGCCGACACCCCAUACCGCAACCUCUUAGACCUGUUUGUCGAGGACUUCACAGCAUGUCUCGAGACCCCUGACUGGCCGUCUGCAGAGCUUCUUCUUCGUCUUCUGAUGAUGGCCAUGUUCAAGCUCACAGAAAACGACAAGGUCCCAGCACCUGUGAAAAACAUGGCCCUGGAAGAGCUUGGUGUCAUCGGAGCGGCUCUUGCAAAGUUGCGGUCAACAAUCCACCAGUCUGCAAACUCGCCGGAGAAUACGGGUCCUGACGAGCUGGACCGCUUGUUGUCGGACCUGGCUGGGGCAGCACUAGGCGACAACCCCCCAGCGGAAGAGUUUCUGGCUUGGAAGGGACCCUUCUCCCCCGCCUUGGAAUACCUCGAGGACCGGAGUUCGCAAGACCCUCACUUGCGGGGCGCCAUUUCUUAUACUGUGGCGGACUGGGCUGCUCGGGUCUGCCGUCUGUACUCCACACGUGCCGAGGCUGCAGCCGCAGCUGCCGCUGCGGCCGCGGCCGCUAGCGACGAGGGCGAGGGCAAUGACAGCAUCAAGGCGCGGGACAACCGCGUGCUAGAGCGACAAAAUAGAGACCUUGGCAGAAUCGCCUACCGACUCCGUGUCAUGAUCGAAGACAACCGUGGAGUGGCCGGCAACCGGGCCUUCAAGGGUGUUACCGCGGCGCAGGCAAAGCUCUCCUAUGCCAUUGUUGCUCUGAGAUCGCCACUAGGCGGCUCCUUCAACGAUAUCAUCAACAUCCUAGCAAUGGGUAUGGGCAGCGACCAGGCCACCGUCCGCAGCAAGAGUUUGAAGAGUAUCACAGAAGUUCUUGAGACGGACCCGUCAAUUUUCGACAACCCAGCGUCGAUUGUCGGUCGUCUCAUCCGCGAAUGCUGCGCCGACUCGUCGGUGCAAGUACGAGACUCUGCACUGGGUUUGGUCAGCCGCGCUAUCAUCCUGCGGCCAAAUCUGGAGUCUACUAUGAUCAAGACCGUCAUCGAUCGUUUCCUGGACUCUGGUGUCGGUGUCCGCAAACGUGCCAUCAAGAUUGCGCGAGACGUCUAUUUGCGGAACCAUUCCAAGGAAAUCCGCAGUGACAUUGCGAACGGCUUGCUUCACCGCAUUCAGGAUCCUGACGAGGGCGUCCGGGACUUGGCACGGCAGACGAUCGAAGAAGUCUGGGUGACGCCUUUUGCAGAGACGGUGGCCGCCAGCGCGGCCGGUACGGAGACCACUGCCGAAAAGUCAUCGUUGACUGAGCAUGUCAUUCUGAUUCUGCAAACGGUGAAAAACGGGUCGAUCACCCCCAUCCUUGACAGAGUCUUUCAAACCAUCCUGUCGCCCACGGCCAAGGCGGCGACGGCGAACUUUGAUGUCUGCAAACGUUUUGUCGCAAUCAUGUGCGACCUUGCCGACAACCCCGACAGUGACGAUCCAUCUAUACCAUCUGGAAACGAGGCACUCCAACUGAUGAUGAUCUUUGCCAAAGCAGACCCGCGGCUCUUUACCUUUGAGCAGAUCCGCCUCUUGAAGUCGCACAUUGUCAAUGUGAAGAACGUCAAGACUGCUCAAGACAUGGCGACAGCCCGCGCUGUCGUCGUCAUCUACAGCCGUGUCCUGCCACAACUGUCAAGCGUGAUGAAGCCGUUCUUGGAGGAGAUUAGAAGUAACCUGCUACCGAGCGUUGUCGCGGUCAGCAGAACACUCCUGGACGACGUGAUGGGGUGUAUAUGGGUGGUCAGUGUCCUUCUGAAAGACCCAAAACCGCUCGUGCGUGUUGUCAUUUCAGCCAUCCGCGGCGUAGUCAAUCAAGAAAAGAUGACGGACAACGACUCGGACUUUGACAAGAAGGCGAAGAGAUUCCUGCGCUACGCUCUGAUUGUUGGCAUGGCGGGUAAGCAUUGCGAUUUCGACAGCGAGAUCGAGACCUUCCGGGCGCAGUUUCCGUCGUACAACUUCUCCUCCGUGUCGAAGCUCAUGGUUGAUACGCUCUGCCCGAUUUCUAUCCCGCCAUGGCCCCUCGCUAUCCGGCGCAUCGCCCUGGACGCAAUGGGUCUGAUUUGCCAGUCAUGGCCGCGCAACUUUGUGGAGAAGAACGUCUAUACAUCGUUCCACAUUGCAUUCAAGCAGCAAGACCCCAGCCUGGAGGUCAAAAUCAUGCAAUCAUUAAAGGAGUUCCUCACAAAGGAGGAACUGCGGUCCGAGACAGGAUCUGAUCCCAAGGCGCAGAAGGCUGCACGCAACGAUGUUGGGAAGUCGGCCCGUGUCGGCGAGGGUGCUGGUAAGAAGAGACAGCUCACCGUCAUGGGCGGCACAAACCACGAUGAUGUUGCAAGCGCGACGACACAGCGGUUUAUGGGUGACAUUACACGCAUUGCGCUUGGCUCGGUCAGCGAAGAAGCAUAUUUGGCUGCCGAGAUACUUGCCAGCAUUAGCCGGCAAGGUCUCGUGCAUCCCAAGGAGACAGGCGUGACAAUGAUCACCUUGGAGACAUCGACAAUGCCGAAGAUGGCCGAACUGGCGUAUCGGGAGCACCGUGCACUGCACAACAAGUACGAGACGGUGUUGGAGCGUGAAUACGUCAAAGCCGUGCAGACUGUGUUCCAGUACCAACGAGAUGUAAUCAACGACACCCGCGGCGCCACGACGGAACCGUUCACAUCCAAGCUGCACCAUCUGAUGGACGUCGUCAAAGACAGCAAGUCCAAGAACCGCGGCCGGAUGCUGGAGAAGAUGUGUGGCCAAGUCGACUUUGAACCGAACAAGCUGGACGUGUCUGAGGAGACACCGCACCACCUGGAGUUUUCUCGCUUCGUUAUUGAAAAUAUGGCGUUUUUCGAAUUUGUCACCGUGGCCGAACUCCAGUCGCUCGUCUCAACCAUGGAAAGGAUCGUCCACACAACAGGUGUCACCAUCUCACAAACUAUUGAGACGGACAUUUUCGAUCCGUCUGGUGGUCAAAAGGAGACGCCUGUCGUCCCUGACGGCGCCGAGGGUGGCGAGACGUCAGAACCGGUACCAACUGGGCCUGCCCUCCGUCCUGGCCUCGCUCCCCGCCGCCUGAAGCAGAUUGCCACCGGGUGCAUGGUGCUGCUCUGCCUUUGGGAGGCUCGUACGUUCCUGUGCCGGCAGUACGGCCUCAAGCGCGAAGGCAACAAGGCCAAGGGCGCCGGGCGCGACUCGACGCGUGCUCCGACCAAGGUCCAAGGCAUAACGGCCGACAAGUUUUGGGAGGAGAUGAGCUCUAUUAUGAAGGGACUCGACUCCGAGGCGCUCAUGGCCGCCCGCUGCAAGGCCUUUGUGGAGCUGCUGACGGUCGACUCCGACUUUAAGCUCGAAGAAGACGACGGCAACGGCAUGGACGACGACGACCCGGCGACGCCCAGUGGCGGCGAAGACGACGGUGGCCGCGAGCGCGGCCGGAAGCGCAAGGGCGGCAACACACCGGGCGGACGCAAGAAGCGGCAGCGGUCGAGCUCACAGCAGCCCCGCAAGAGAGGCCGGCCAAGGAAGAGCGCCGGUCUCGACGAGGAUGGCGACGGCGAAUUUGAUUUCUAA